GUCCUUUGUUUUAAAACACUGAGUUAAAUACUAAAUACUGUUUUGCAAAAAGGGGAUAAAAGAAAGGCUGUUUUUUAUUUUUCACUGGUAUUUAAUACUUAUGAUUGUCUCAGUCUCUCUUUCUCACACACACACACGCUUGUCUUAAUAUCCUUGUGAGGACUUUCCAGUGACAUUAUUAUUAAUGCUAUGGCUACACCUAAAUCUAACCCCAACAUUAAUCUCAAUGAUUAAAAGGAAACCUUUUAAUAAAUCCUGCAAUUUUUGACAAGCUCAAACUUGGAUAGGACCUCCAUAAUAUAAAAACAUACCCUCCCACUGUUAAAAAAAUCAGUGUACCAGUGAUUUUGCACUAUAUAUGUAUGCCAUGAUGGCAUACAUAGCCUUGUUAAAAUCUGUUUAUUCUGGAAAAACAUCAAUGUUUUAAUAGCCUUUAGCAGGUUAAUUGUUAAUUUCCUUCACAUGCUGUGUCAACAUGACCAAAUCCUUCUGAGAAAGGCUGUUCAGAGUCUGGGUCAAAGUCAGUUAUUAAUCAACCCCUCUGCUGGUGAACUUUAUUGCCUCACCAGUGACUCGCAUUGUAAGUUUCCACUGUGCGAGCUAAUGGAUACACAACUGUGUGUUGUCUCUAUUCUUAUACAUCAAGACCUAAUAAACACUAGAGGCCUACUCUACUGUUUCUGCUUUUGAACUGGUUGGAUUAAAAUGUGAAAUAAAGUCAUUAGUAAACUUUCUUUCUAUUACUAAUACAUUAUUGCAAAGAAAUUAGCAAAUACUGGGCAGCUUUAUGGUUCACUUGCAAUUUCAAAAUAAAUAUCACUUUAUUAUAUUUUAAAAAAAAAACUUAGUUAGGUAUACAACUUCCAAAGUGUGUGGAAAUAGACUCAUUAGCUGCAUUAAUAAGAACACCUGUACCCAUUCUCAUUGCAGCAAUUAACUGGACAGUUCAAGAUUGGAAAAAUGUUGUGUGGCCUUUUUCUAAUUUUCAACUGUCCAGUUUAGGCGAAACUGUUCCCAUUGUAGCCUCAGAUUUCUAUAUCUGGCUGACAGGCCUGAUGUGGUCUUCCAUUUGCCUCAGGGUAUGCUGUGUUGUGCAUUCUGAGAUGCUUUCUGCUCACCAGAGUUGUAAAGAGUGGUUAUUUGAGUUAAUGUAGCCCUCCUAUCAGCUUGAACCAGUGCAACCAAUCUCCUCUGCUCUCUCUCUCUCUCAUCAACAAGUCACUGAUGAGAAUUUAACUGAUGCUCACUGCACCAUUCUGUGUAGACUCUAGAGACUUCUGAGUGAGAAAAUCCCAGGAGAUCAGCAGUUUCUGGGAGUCACUGGGAUCAGACUUUUCCCCAUUCUCAUGUUUAAUGUAAACAUUAACUGAAGCUAUUGACCUGUAUGUACAUGAUUUUAUGUAUUGUGCUACUGCCACAUGACUGAUUGGAUAAUUGCGUGAAUGAACAGGUGUACAGGUGUUGGAGAUUGCUUUUCAUUGGGCCAGCAAAGCAGCAUUGACAUGGCAUUUAAGUUAUUCAAGUGUUUAAAUGAUUUACAUGUCUUGUUUUGACUUAGACAUUCUUAGUCAUGUCCAUUUUAUCCUGGUCAGAGUCAUGGUGGAUCUGGUGCUUAUCCCAGAAACACUGGGUGUGAAGCAGGAAUACCCCCUGCAUGGGCCACCAGUUGAUCCGUUAUUCACACACUACAGAAAUAUUAGUUAUGUAAAAUAGGUAUUUACAGAAAUCUUCAUUGACACUGUGUUUCUAAAACAAAAGAAAUGUACUAGAAUUUCUGUAAAAAAUAAUUGUAUCUAAUUUCAUUAGCUUUAAAUUCCAAAUAUACACAUUCAUAUCAAAAUAAAUCUUUACUAAGGUUUGUUAAUCAGAAUAAUCCUGGUGCAUUUAGGAGCAGUUUUGCUGCACAUUCUAUAAAUUCAUUUAAUCUGGUGUGGAGGCUGUUAAUUAUCUAAAACCAGAUUUACUAAAAUGGGAGCACUGAUCUUUGGCAGUUUGAUUAAUUGAAACCUCUUCACUUGGCCAUUUGUGCCCAGUCUGGAGUACAUGUACCCUGCAUAUUUAGUUAUUUUCACUGGUCUACUGCACCUGAUUCAACAAAUCACAAAAACCUCCACAAAAACAUGCUGGUGGGUUGACUGGCUACACUAAAGUGUGUGUGCGUGUGUGUGUGUGCGUGUGUGUGUCUUGCAAUAGAAUGGCGUCCUAUCCAGGGUGUAUUCCAGCCUCACACCCAGUGUUCCUGGGAUAGCCACCACAAUAUUGACCAGGACAAAGCGGUUGCUGGAUUAAUGUAUUUAUUUUAAUAUAUAUAUUAAUAUAAUUUACCAUUUUACAAAAGUGAACUGUAGUAACUCCUUGUGAGAGACACAUUAUUGCUAUCUCUUUAGUGUUUCCCCAAACCACAACAGUCAUACAGGGAAAUCUUUUUGGCGACUCCAAAUGCAAUGGGCAGGACUUAUAGAGGAAGAGCAUGAAUAAGUGGAAGCUCAUUGGCUGAUUCCUGAUCUCUUAGUGAAAACUGAGAGGUUAAUUUCAUUGAAUGCCUUAAUCCGGCUUGGCUGGUGAAUUUAUUAUAGUGCUGCGUUAUUUGAAGAGCUGACUUAUGUAAGAACUCCAUGUCCUUUUGUUCGUAGGAGAGUUCAACAGUUAUCUUGUUAAGGAGUUAUCUCUCCUUUUAGUUGCCAAAAGGCUUAAGGGAUUUAGAUAAUACUUGCUCAGGUCUGGCAUUUCCCAAGUUCAGCCAAGAAUCACCAGCAUCACCAGCAACGUUGACUCCAAUAGUCAGUAGACUAUUUGAUAUUUUUUGCUUCUGGACCACAUACAGCGCUAUUAUCCACACCAAAGUAAAAUAAUUUCCCUUUUGGAGUUAUGGGCGCUCAUGGAUCCAACAUGGAUGAAAUCCUGGCUGAGGACAUGCACUACUGGUACAAUAAGUUCAUGAGGGAGUCUCCGUCUGGGCUCAUCACCCUGUUUGAGCUAAAGAACAUGCUAGAGAUGCAGGGUAUGACUGAGGAGGCCAGCAGCUAUGUUGACCAGGUCUUCUACACUUUUGACAUGGAUGGGGAUGGGUAUAUUGAUUUUGUAGAAUAUAUAGCAGCCGUAAGUUUGCUACUGAAAGGAGAGAUCAACCAGAAACUGAAGUGGUACUUUAAACUUUUUGAUCAAGAUGGAAAUGGAAAAAUUGACAAAGAUGAGAUGGAGACCAUAUUCAAGGCUAUUCAGGAUAUCACCAGGAUCUAUGAUGACCCUCCAGAGGAGAUUGUGACACUCAUUUAUGAAAGGAUUGAUCUUAAUAAUGAAGGUGAGCUGACUUUAGAAGAGUUCAUCACUGGUGCUAAGGAGCAACCUGACAUCAUGGAGAUGCUCGCCAAGAUGAUGGACCUGACUCAUGUGUUGGAAAUUAUAGUCAAUGGACAGAAGAAGUUGGUUAAAGCCAGUGUAUGCAGUGCCAAGGCAUAGACACAAGCCUUAUUCCCUUCACAAUGCGCAACCUUAAAAAGUCAAUUUGUUACAAAUGAAUAAAUAUGAAUGUAGUUAACAGGGGGAGGGAAAUGUGGUUUCUAUGAUGCUUAUGCUUGUCUGUGUGUCCUGAAAAACAGCUCUUCAGUUCAAAUCAGUUCACCAAUUGAAAUGAUGGAGAGGGAUUGGAGAGGGCUGGACAGGGAUUAUGCCACUUGAGACUGUGAGUUCUCAUCAGGGAAGGUGUUGUUGAUAACCUGCCAUUUGGCAGAGUGACUCCAUGUAGAUUUUAUGUGAGGAAGCUGCGUAACAGUGUGAUACAUUAAAUUCACGCUAGACCUGAUAAGGAUUACAGAGUAAGCAGUCAUCCAUUCAAUUCACCCUGAUUAUUAGUUAUGAGAUAGGUAGAGAUAUUGCUUAGUUUCUGAACUUCCUAAUUGUGGUGUCUUUUGUAUUAUAGGCUAUUACAUGUAACAAAUAGUAUCUUGCAAUCAUUUAACUUACACUAACCCACAGUACAGUUAUUGUACAGUGUCACUACAUUUACAGCAUUUGGCAGACACCCUUAUCCAGAGCAACUUACAUUUAUCUCAUGUAUACAACUGAGCAGUUGAGGGUUAAGGGCCUUGCUCAAGGGCCCAGCAGUGGCAGCUCAUGACCUUCUAAUCAGAAGGCUUUAAUGUCUUAACCACUGAGCUACCACCACUCUCAGCAUAAAUCACUAGGCUUCUAGUACAGCAGCAACACUAUUAGACUAAUAGACACUAUUAACACUAUUAGAUUAGGCCUUUAUAUGGUUUAAAGCGAAAUAGGAAAUGGGAGUCUGGGAUUUGUAUUAUGGUCUACUGUGUUUAUACGUUACUCAUAUGCACAUAGUGGAAAAAGUAGGGCAAAAUGGGACAAAUGCACUCAAAAAAAGGGGUCUUAGCUUUCCAAAUGGUUUCUCUGGAAGGAAAACAUCCUGCUGUAGGGUUUUACAUAGAAUUGUUAAGGAUGCCCUAGAGACACAGGCCAAAAACCCCAUAAGGAUACUAAAAUUUCAAUGAUUUGACCAAUGUAAGACAUGUCUCUAUUUGUAUCUACAAAUCAAAUUGUUUUCAAGGAGUAACAGUUAAAGGACUGCAACUGGUUAGACUCCUAAUUUGGAACAGUCCAACUGAAUUGUGCUGAAACCAGCAGAAAUCUUUGGACAUCCAAACAGCUUUACCCUGCUAAGCCGGUUCAAAUUUUCCUGCAGCAUUUCUCCUCAGUGUUUUUUUUCUUAUUACCGUAGAAUAGACUUGACCACAACCUCUCUGAUUACUAUGUGAAUAUGUGCUUGAUGUUUACUUUAUGUGGGCUAGUGAGGUUUUGAAUAACGUUAUGAGAAUGUGCUGGCUGACUAAUUGCAGAUUUUAUUUUUGAAUGCUAUGUAAUGUCUCUGAUUGUUGCCUUAAUUAAAGUGAAUUUGCAAAACCCAAUUUCAUUUUAUUAACGAACUUGUGACCAGCUUUUUGCCUUCUU